GUUGAAUACCUGGCCAGUCAUGUCUGUUCAUAGGCGUGCCAGCGACGCUGAAACGGGCCUUUCAGAAACAAAUGAUACAACUGUACAUACACAGGACCCGGAAACACACACCAAAACUAAGCGACAAUGGCUCGAUUGGAACGACACCUGGGCCUGGGAAAUCGGAUCUGUGACCCUAGCCGUCGUGGGCCUUGCUCUUUUGGUUGCCUUUCUUGUCACAAUAAACAACACCCCGUACGCGAAGUGGCAAUAUACCGCGUCGCCUAAUACAGUCGUGUCUAUCAUUGUCACCAUCACGAAAGCUGCCCUGCUGGUCCCAGUGUCCUCGUGUCUCGGCCAGCUGAAAUGGAGCCUGUUUCGAGAUCCUGCGCCACUAUAUCACAUGCAGGUUAUUGACCAGGCAAGCCGCGGACCCUGGGGAUCCUUGGAGAUCUUACUGGGGGGGAUAUUUGGGUCGAGAACAGGAAGCUUGACUUAUGUUGGCGCAGCUCUUACAGUUCUGGCUCUUGCAGUAGAUCCAUUUGCACAGCAGAUUUUGACAUUCCCUUCACGAACCGUUCCUGCACUGAAUGCCACGGCAUUGACCCAAGCCUCGCAAAAUUGGACUUCCAUGGGGGGGUUGGAUCAUAGUGAUGUUAGUCUUGAACUUCCGCCGACGCUUCUCACUGCCAUAAUGAGUGGCCUCAUGCAGACACAUCGUCCUCUGGAGCCUCAAUGCAAUGCACUCUCUUGUGACUUCCCAGAAUUUGUCGCACUGGGGAUGUGUAGCAAAUGCGAGGAUGUCACAGCUCGAACAGACCAAAAGUGUCAGGUGGAAAACGAUGUGCCUGUCUGGGAGGGUGUCCCCAUCCACCCGGCCCUCAUCCAAGUCCCUACGAAUUGCAGCUACCGGUCCCCGAGUAACUUCUCUUUCGACUUUCAACUUUCCGAACGCAUCGAGUACGAGACUAUUGGUGAUGUGGUAUCGGAUCCACACAAAAUUAACAAUGUCACAUUCUUUGCGAAUCAUUGGAGUUUACGUCCAAGGGCGGAUUACCCAAUUUUGGGUAUUCAAGACCCGAUUGUCUCCCUCAUUGAGAUAGACUAUGUCGACCCGGUUCGCUACACUGUAUCCAACGCGACAGCCCCCCCAACAAAGCCAGUGGUGACUGAAUGUGCUGUAUACUUUUGCGAACGACGAUACGCAGCAAGCUCCUACCUGCCUACCACCCAAGAAAGCAGUCCAUUCCACGUUGUUGAUACACAGGAGCUCAUUGUGAAAGAUUCCCAAGAGGAACGGCCCGAUAUUUCCUCAUUAGAACCUUUUUACUUUGACCCACCAAAGGGGUCGGCAACCCUAUCCAGAAACCCGAAAUACAGCAUGGAGUACCAUACGUUCAACAACUUCAGACCUUUCAUGAUGAGCCUGUUCAACAGUACGGCCACUAUCGACAUAAUCGAACUACCAACAUCAUAUACGUUGAAGCUGGAAUCGUUUCUACGCAGGGUUGACCUCAGCGAAAUCCUCGAAUCAAUGUCCACCAGCGUCACCGAUACCCUCCGCAAGAAUGGGCACGGUGGCGAGGUUUCCGGAAAGGCAUUUCGAGACGAGAGAUUCAUUCAGGUUCGAUGGCCAUGGAUCAUUCUUCCGGUUGUUGUUACUUUGGGAUCACUGGCACUGCUUCUGGGAACUGCAAUAGGAUGCAAACAGAGGGACGCCGUGCUGUGGAAGUGUAUGGUGCUGCCGUUGUUGUCAAGCCAUCUCGAUACUACGCCGGAGAAUGGAAUUGCGUCGGUGCGCAGUGCGGAUGGAAUGACUGCCAUGUCGAAGAACAUGCGCGCUGUGGUGAUGCCGGAUGAAGGGCCACUUACGUUCAAGGAGGAGUGA